CGCUCCACAAGCGGUUGGGAAAGAUAGGCAACUUGCAAGUCCUCCUUCCCCCAUACUACGUAUACUAGACAGCUACAGCAUCUUUCCCGUCGCUGAAGAAACCAUAUUCCACUUUACAGAGCACCCACGAACACGACGCAGUUGCUCUCAGCGUGUGCCACCACAUCACACCUUUUGCGCCAUGCCCUCUCCUCCUCGCAACAAGGAAACGAAACCCUCUCCCUCUCCCUCACCCCUAUCCGACGUCUUCAGCUUCUUCCAACCCAUAUCCGCCGCUGCCUCAAACGCAAUAACCUUUGCAACCGAAAAACUCUCCUCCCCAACCUCGUCCUCAGACAAGGUCAACACAAGUUCCCAAAGUCCGCUGCCCGACUUCCCACUCUUCAAAAGGUCAGGACGCUCACCUACCCACCCACCAGGGCCGCCAAGACGAAGCUCCUCUUUACCCUCCCUCUACCAGAAGAAUGAUACCCCACCACCGCCGGCAGCUGACCCGCUAGAUAGCGCUGCGCAAGGGGAUGUCGAAGGGACGUUUGAUUUCAUGGCGAAGGUGCCGAGUUUGGGAAUGUUUGGAUUAGGGAGCUUUGCCGAUUACUCGCGGGGAAUCAGCGAUCAGGGGGAUAGCGAUGAGGAUUAUGAGUCGAUUGAGAGUUUGGAGCUGCAGCAGUUGGAUGCCGAUGGCAAGCCAGAUCUCUGGACACAGACCAGGUUGCUAGUUCGCAAACAGCAAGUACCAGUGGUGGUGGCUGGGGAAGCUUUGGUCUCCCCUUCGAUAUCCCACAACUACCAGCACUGCUCGGCGGCAGCCUAGUGUCCCAACCAGUACCAAUCCCAUCAGCCACCGCAAGCUCUCUUCCAGAAUCCGCCCUCGGCCCACCAUCCCCAGAACUCGACGCAGCAUCCACCGCCGCAUCCGCCUGGUCAAAAGCUUUCAUGUCCAUCACGGGCUCGAACACGAAACAUCUGCGCCCAUGUGGGCAUAAGCACCGGUUUUAUUUCGUAGAAGGCGAUCUGGUGCUGCUUGGUGGGAUGUAUGGAAGCUUUUUGAGCGAGAAGGAUACAGGGAAGAAGGUGUGGUUGAGGAUGGAUCAUGUGCUGGGGU